AUGGCCAAUCCCGGAGAUUUGUGUGAUAUAUCAGAUGAACUGGGCUCAGCGUCCAACCCUAUCUUCUUUAUCGAAGACGAAGAAGACUGUGGCAAGCAGUACGCAUCAGGGCAGGAUUAUUCUGAUGGGGACACUGAGCCUUUAAGUACACCCGAAGUCUGGGCAAAUCUGGGUGACGGAGGCUUUCCUGUUCCACAAAACAAAUCCGCAGUCAUGGAUUCGUCUUCCGUUUUGACACCAAUCACAUUGCUGGAUGGCCAAAGCUUGGGUUGUAUUCGUUCUUUCGAGCCUGAACCAACUACCUGCGCCCAUCUGGAAGAUGAAAAAUCUGAAGUCGCUGAGAGGGCUAAGGGCGAAGAAAGUACGUUUAUUCGAAGUGGCAAACAAUAG